GGCGGCCGGGCGCGCCCCGGGGUUAGUGGCUAACUGGACGCACGCGGAGAUGGAGGCUGCUGGGGACGCUUUGGGACCAUUGGUGACCGGUCUGUACGACGUACAGGCUUUCAAGUUUGGGGACUUUGUGCUGAAGAGCGGGCUCUCCUCCCCCAUCUACAUCGAUCUGCGGGGCAUCGUGUCUCGGCCGCGUCUUCUGAGUCAGAUUGCAGAUAUUUUAUUCCAAACUGCCCAAAAUGAGGGAAUCAGUUUUGACACGGUGUGUGGAGUACCUUAUACAGCUUUGCCGUUGGCUACAGUUAUGUGUUCAACCAAUCAAAUCCCAAUGCUUAUUAGAAGGAAAGAAACAAAGGAUUAUGGUACUAAGCGUCUUGUAGAAGGAGCUGUAAAUCCAGGAGAAACCUGUUUAAUCAUCGAGGAUGUCGUCACCAGUGGAUCUAGUGUUUUGGAAACUGUUGAGGUUCUUCAGAAGGAGGGCUUGAAGGUCACUGAUGCUGUUGUGCUGUUGGACAGAGAGCAAGGCGGCAAGGACAAGUUGCAGGCGCACGGCAUCCGUCUCCACUCAGUGUGUACUUUGUCCAGAAUACUGGAAAUUCUUGAGCAGCAGAAAAAAAUUGAUACUGAGAUGGUUGGAAGAGUGAAGAGAUUUGUUCAGGAAAAUGUUUUUGUGACAACUAAUCAAAAUGGGUCUCUCCUUUGUAUAAAGAAAGCAUCCAAAGAACUCAGCUUUGGUGCCCGUGCAGAGCUGCCCGGGAUCCACCCAGUUGCCUCAAAGCUUCUCAGGCUUAUGCAAAGGAAGGAGACCAAUCUGUGUUUGUCCGCUGAUGUUUCAGAGGCCAGAGAGCUGUUGCAGCUAGCAGAUGCGUUAGGACCCAGCAUCUGCAUGCUCAAGACUCAUGUAGAUAUUUUGGAUGAUUUUACUCUGGAUGUGAUGGAGGAAUUGACAAUGCUGGCACAACGCCAUGAGUUCUUAAUAUUCGAAGACCGGAAAUUUGCAGAUAUAGGCAACACAGUAAAAAAGCAGUAUGAAGGUGGUAUCUUUAAAAUAGCUUCCUGGGCAGAUGUAGUGAAUGCACACGUGGUACCUGGCUCGGGAGUUGUGAAGGGCCUACGGGAAGUAGGCCUGCCCUUGCAUCGCGGGUGCCUGCUCAUUGCAGAAAUGAGCUCUGCUGGUUCCCUGGCCACUGGCAACUACACUAAAGCAGCAGUCAGGAUGGCUGAGGAGCACUCUGAAUUUGUGAUUGGUUUUAUUUCUGGCUCCCGAGUAAGCAUGAAACCAGAAUUUCUUCACUUGACUCCAGGAGUUCAGUUAGAAGCAGGAGGGGAUACUCUUGGCCAGCAGUACAAUAGCCCACAAGAAGUUAUCAGCAAACGAGGUUCUGAUAUCAUCAUUGUAGGCCGGGGCAUAAUCUCAGCAGCUAAUCGCCUGGAAGCAGCAGAGAUCUACAGAAAGGUUGCUUGGGAAGCUUAUUUGAAUAGACUUGGUAUUUGAGUGUCUUGGAUUUUUUGUGAAGACGUUGAAGAUAUGUGGUCUCCUGAAAGUCGCUGUUUUGAAAUGAUCAGCACCCUUUACUACUGGUUGGAUUCUUCCACAGGGCCUAUGCGGGAAUGGCUUCUGGAGUUAUGAUGGUCUUUAGGAAAUAUUGAGUGACUUGUACUCACUCCAUUGUUUCUAUAAUACAUUCAUUCUCAAG